AUGGAGUGCAUCAUGCAACAAGACAAACAACAAUUGCCACUUCAUGAAGUGCAGCUGUGCCUGGUGGGGAAGACCAGCACAGGCAAGUCCACCCUGGGCAACCUCCUGUGCCUGGGCGCCAACUUCAAGACCUCAGCUGGUGUGGCCAGUGUUAUGUCAAUGGCUGAGCAGGCCCACAUUGAAUACUUGGUGCACAGCAUCUUGCUUGUGCUGCUCAACAUGAUGGGCCUGGGUGACAUGGCCCACCAACCUGAGCUGGUGCAGCCGAAGAUCACUGAAGGCAUCAUAUCACUGGUGGGUGGCAUUGACUUCUUCUUCCUCUGCAUCAAGAAGGAGCACUUCACUGAGGAGAACUACCUCAUUGUCAUGUACCUGUUCAGGGCCAUUCUCAGGGAUCAGUUGCUGGGCAACCUGUGGCUGGUGGUCACCCACACUGAGGACCUGGCCAACAACACCCAGGCGCAGGCCCAGUGGCUCCAUGAUGUGUGCAAUAACAAGAUGUUUGACCAUGUGCUUAGAAUGGUGGGUGCACAGAAGGUGCUCUUCAUCAACAACAGAUCAUUGAAGAACAAGCAGAUGGACAAGAUGUACACCAAGGGCCAUGAGUUGGCCAAGGACCUGCUCCUUCAGGUGAUGCAGAGCAACAAGCUGGUGCAGUUCACCAUUGAGAGCCUUGAGGCUGCCCAGAAGGAGUAUGAUGACAUGAAGGCCGCGGCUGAGGGUGAACGCGCAGCCGAGGUGGCGCGGCUGAGGCAGGUCGAGAUUGAUGCCGUGAUGGCCCUUGAGAAGGAGAAGGCCAGGUUGGCCAUCCAGGAGGCCGAGCUGCAGGCCGAGCUGCAGGCCGAGCUCAAGUUGGUGACAGCACGCGCCGAACUCGAGGCCAAACUGCGUGGCGAAGCCGAGGAGAGGCUCCGCAACGCCCCUACGCCGCAGCAGCUGAUUACUAAGGGCGGGGGCUGUGUGCUUUUUUAA